AUGACAAGAGACAAAGUUUUCCACGGUAUUGUACCUGUUGUGGGCCCAGCGGCUCUAUCAUACAAAAAUCGUCUUAUCGAUAUUCUUCACAGAGAAUCGAUCAACUGCCAUAGACCACUAUCAAUCUUCCACUGUGAACGAAAUCUUCAACAAAUGUUGCAAUUUCAAAACAAUCUGACGCUUCUCCCUUCAAACUACCUUUUCCCUUCUUUAUCUCCACUUCUCAUUUCCCAUUCUUGCCAAUUCUCCUUCAGAAACUCUGCCUCUUCCACUCAGUACUCUAUCUCCUCAGCCCACAAAUUAUCGGUUGCCCAAGUUUCAGAAGAGGCCACCAUUGCAAUCAAGAGCUCCGUCGAUGCACCGCCGGAAGAGGGACCCAUCGAACUCUCGCCGUCAAUUCCCCCUAUUUUCUCCACCUCCGACGACCCUACUCGUCUCCAAACGGCCACUAGUGUUCUCCUCACCGGAGCCAUCGCUGUCUUUCUUUUCCGGUCCCUCCGCCGCCGAGCCAAGCGUGCUAAAGAAACGGUAUUUAUACUCACUGUGGGCUGACAAUCUCUCUUUUUU